CCGAGAUACGCCAUGAGCUCAGCAUAAACGUUUCCUGGAAUUCCAACUAUUUCUAUUUUCCGAUUUGACAGGACCACAGUCUUCUUGUAAGGCAUAACAACAACAGAUAUCAGCGCCUACCAGUCCACGGUCUCAGAUUAGACGGACGGAUCGUAACUUAUGACGUGUACAAACAACUUGUUUUAUGUGUGCUCUUCGCAAGGUUGAUUAAACUGAAUACUUUAAACGUGACCAUGAACAAAUUCAAGGAAAGGUAUUUUGUACAACAAUUAUCACCUUGUUGUCAUAUUUUAUUUUUUAUUAAAAUGUGACUCACUUUGAUUACGCUUUGAUUACGCUUUGAUUACGCUUAUUGCCAGUUAUGUAUGGAUUUUAUAUUUCAGUACAGAACGAUACAGUGUUUUUGUUAUACUACUAUAUAGUGAUGGUGACAUGGUGUUGUGAGAACGAGUCAUUUAUUUCUCUUAAGUAUUUACAUUUUGUCAUAGGUUACUCUACUGAGAAGUUUGUUUUUUUUUGUUUUUGUUUUUUUGUGUGUGUGAUAUGUAUACCAUCUAAUAACAAGAGCAAAGCCCUUCGACAUGUCAUACAAAGUCUUUAAAUAAUUGUAGACACACUUUAAAUACGGAUGUGCUCAAUAACGAGGGCAGUGUUUCAAAGACACAAAACAUUUUUGAUCUCUCAUAGGGUUAAGGAAUAGAUUCACAAAUGAAACAGAGAUUUAAUUUUGUUUAUAUUGUAAACCAAGUCUGAAAGUUUUAAAGAUCCUAGACAUAACGAACAGGGAUAGCGGGGGGGGGGAAUCAAUGAUGUCUAUGUAAGGUAUUCAUAUUAACGGGGUUUUCCGAUAAUGUGUUGGUGGUUGGUUGGGCUAUUUAUAGAUCUGACUUUAAAACAUCACGAAACCAAGACCUACAUAGCGAACUCAUAAUUAUGCAUAAUACUAUUAAUACUGUAUUAAUCAGUAUUUCAAAAGUUAUCCGAAAGUUAUCAACCACUUCUGUAUGUCUCCAACGAUCAAAAUAUUCUUAAAACUUCUUUAAAAAGUAAUGCUUAGAGGAAACAAUGAUUAAAACAACGCUUAUACAUAUUUCAGGGAGUAAGUCAGAAGAAUAAGAACAAAUAACAUUGGCACGUCACAACGCAAUGUUGCACAAGUGAUCCAGAGUGACUAAUGUUACAAUGAGCUCAGCUUCCAGAGACUCCGUGAACAGCAGUCCUAGAAGGUAAAAAUUGUAGCUUUUACAUAAGCUCCUACAUCCCCUCUCACUUGAUCACACAGACAAACAUUCAAUAAACUACAGAUUAUAAGUCCAGUGGUCGGAAAACUCAUUAGUCCUACAUUCCCUCUCACUUGAUCACACAGACAAACAUUCAAUAAACUAGAGAUUGUAAGUCCAGUAGUCGGAAAACUCAUGAGUCAAAAGAGCCAAAAAAUCAGCAGCAGGACGAUUAAAAAAAUCUUGAGAGCCAAAUUUGUGUUCAAGAACCUAUCAAGAACCAUGAUUUUUGGCCGACUGGCCGAGCCGCACUCAGGUCGCUAAAGAGCCACAUGCGGCUCGCGAGCUGCCGACCACUGUUAUAGUUUGAUGUGCAGAUACGUUUCUAUGACACCUCCACAUUGAGAGCCAAUGGAAACCGUGAUUAAUGUCAUUCAUUGGCAAGCAACAUUGUAGCGAUAGUUCCAUACAUAAAUUAAAUAUUACACGAUCAAUGUAUACCAGUGAUACAAAGAAUGAGUUGUUUCCGUAACACAAUCAGAUUACACUAAGAGACGAGAUCAGUUUAAAACUAAAAGACCACUUUCUUUCAGGACAGCUUUAGAUUAUAUUUUGAAACUCAAAUGUAAAGUGAAUGGUGGGGGAAAAAGGGGGGGGGGGGGAACAAAACAAGAACAACAACAAAACAACAUAAAAUUGUUUAUAAGCAAUGUCUUAUUCCAAAUUUAUUUGCCGAUUGCAGAGCUGCUAAGGUGCCCUUGUAAAGUGAAUGGUGGGGGAAAAAGGGGGGGGGGGGAACAAAACAAGAACAACAACAAAACAACAUAAAAUUGUUUAUAAGCAAUGUCUUAUUCCAAAUUUAUUUGCCGAUUGCAGAGCUGCUAAGGUGCCCUUGUCCAAGCAGAACGACACGAAAAGCAAUGACCAGGUCAAUGGUUCAAGGCGUGAUAACCAGGCUACAGGAGCGGCUAGCAGGAUCAACUUGCCCGAAUCGGACACAGCUCAAAGACAAGUUGCCAACAUACAAGGCAGAGAACUACUUGAGACAAAGCGUAGCCAUUUACCCAAACAAUCAAGAUCGGAGCACCCCCCUCAAAGAUCACCAGAGGGUAACUUAACGUCCUCGGUGAAUAAUGGAAGAGGCUCGGGGGCAAUACCUAAAACGCCGAGGCAGCAAGAUCAAGGGCCUGGAAGCGGCAACGAAAGGCUUAGCUCUCAAAACAGACUCGCCAGACCACAGUCAGAAAACUACGACAACACCAAACCACGCAUUGGUCGCGCGCAGUUGGACGUUCCUAAAAAACAAUAUCAAUUUUAUUCCGUCGAAGAAAAGAGAGUUAAGAGUACAAUUACUUCAGAGAAACUAGCUCAGUGGGCUUGUCAACCCAAAGAAAUCUUAAUUGUGCAAAUGAAACUAGAUACACCGGCCAUAAACACAUUCCUGAAUGAGGACGAUAUAGCGUGUGAAGAUCUGAGAAAUUUUAUAACAGCAUUGCAUCGACUGACAAUUGGAAAGACCCGAAUACUUCUAUCUGACUCAAUCAUUUUUCAGUGCUUUACAUCGUCGCCUUUCCUUAACGUGCAUCUGCGGAAGUUUCUAGAAGAAACGCAAAUGUUUCAAGAAAUUACCGACAUUUUACAUUACAUUAAAUCAAAAUUUCCAAAGUUUUGGAACUCAAAGUGCAUAGGAUGUUUAAAUGUUUUUGUCAAAACGGGCGCCUCUCUAAACAUAUUUGAAGAGGACGAUAAAUUAAUGAGGGAAAUUAAAGAACUCCAAAAGAAAGUGACUUCAAGCCUCAACAACUUCUCAAGUAGUAACCAAACAGUAACAGCAAAGUCAAACAUUAACUACACGCUGUCAGAUACUGCCAGUCAGGAUAAGCGACCAACUACAGAACGUAGUCGGCCAAGAUUAGACGAUGACGAACCAGAUGACGACUUCACCGCUCUGCCCUUGUUUCCUGACACGGAAGAUUUGUUCUCGGAGGUGGAGCCUUUUUUGAGGGCGAACAAAACACGAGGGCCGUACAGGGACGUUCAGCAUUAUCUGGACGUGCACGCAAGGCUGAUAAGGGAAGACUACCUUGAGCCAAUCAGGAACGGGCUGAAACAUUUUAAGGAAACACGAAGGCACCUGCUGAGUCAAGAUUGGGGACGAAUCAUGGACGAAGAUGAAAAUCUUAUCAAAGAACUUCAGAAGAAGACAAAGGACAAUGAUUUGAGAUUCUAUUUUAAUGUUAAACUCUUGGACAUGUUUAAUGAUGUUAAUGACGGCAUCGCGCUCAUUGUUAAUUUCGACAACACACAAUUACAAGACGUAGACUGGAAGAAUUCAAAGAGAUUCAUGUACGGGGCACUCUUGGUGUUUUCAAAAGACUUUUUCGAGACGACCAUCUUUGCCACUGUGGCGGAGAGAAAAGAUGACCUUCUGGAACAGGGGCAGGUGCAGGUCAUUUUUCAGAACAACCUCGAGGAAGUCUUCACGGCGUCCGAGAGCGAUCGGUUCAUCAUCGCGGAGACGACGGCUUACUUUGAGUCCCACAGACACGUUUUGGAAGGUCUUCAAGAAAUGAAGCGGUUACCACUUGAACAAUACAUUAUCAAAUGCGAGCGUCAAAUACGUCCACCUGAGUAUGUUACCGGAGACACGUUUUAUAAUUUAUCAGCCAUUAUCCGUGGGAAACAUACGCAACGCAUACCCAUUUUGGACACUGAAGAAUGGCCUGAAGCUAGUGAAACAGAUCUAAAUGAUUCCCAGCUUGAAGCUCUUAAGUUGGCCCUAACCAACGAAAUUUCACUUAUACAGGGUCCACCCGGGACAGGAAAAACAUACGUUGGGCUCAAGGUAGUUGAAAUCUUGUUACAAAACAGUGUACGAAGAACGCUUCCAGGUCGGCAUCGACCAAUACUGGUGGUGUGCUACACCAACCAUGCCCUUGAUCAGUUCCUUGAAGGCAUUCUAGAAUUUAGCCCCGAAGGCGUCAUAAGAGUUGGAAGACAAAGCACAAGUGAAAAGCUCGAAAAGCUAAACCUAAACAACAUGCGUUUGGAUCGGCAAUCCUAUGCCAAAAUUCAGCAAAAAGCUAAUAUUGACUGGAAAGGUUGCGAAGAUAGUCUCGAACUGAUCAUUGAUCUUGUCAAACGUUGCUGGCAGGAUAUGAAGAGACUGGAAUCAACCAUCCUAAAGGUAAACGAUCUGGCGGAAGAGAUGUCAGAAGAACAGAUUCGGUCACUGACUGAUCCAACCAGAAGAACCGGCAUGAGCUCAGACAUGAUGAGUGCCUGGCUGAAGGCCUCGAACGCCAAACUUGAUCUCCAUCUCAAUGCACUGACUCGCCGACAUCUGAUUACAUGUAUAGCCAAUGGUAGAUACGUCCAAGAAAGCAUCAAUCUGACAAAUGUACCAUCAGUUAUGAGGCUAGAUUUUAAAUCCAGAGUCAAUAUUUACCGUACGUGGGCCUCGCAAUAUCAACAACAGAAACUACGCAUAAACUACGGCAUAGAAUCUAGCCAGCUUUCACAAGAAUGCAGUCGCGAAAUUAUUCAAGACUCGGAAAUCAGACAUAUCAUUGGCGAGAACAUUUAUCAGUCGAUUCAGGAAUGUGUUAAAAAAGAAUGUAAAAAAGACGAUUUCGACAACGACAUCAUAAAGCACUGGCUUAUCGGUAAGUUUAAAACGACCGAUCAAUUCUUGGACGCGAUUGAUCUUCUCUACUCGACAAUGCCAUAUUCCAAAAAGCCUCAGGCAGUUGGGGCUAAACCAGAAGUAAUUGAACUGUUGGACAACAGCGACAGGGUUGGAGAAAGUUCAAGCGAGAGUGAAGACGAAGAUGACGACGAAGAGGACUCAGCGGCAGAUGAGAGGACCCAAAUACGUUUAUCCGAAAUCAGAGAGCAUGUUGACAAAAUUAAGCAGGCCGAAAGCAAGGAGAUGAGCAUGCUGAAACGAGCGGAAAUGCUGGGAGUCGACGUUUCUGGAAAUAUGGAGGAAGGCGAUGAUGAAGAAGAUGAUGCUAAAAGUGAGGCCUGGCAAACCGUCAGCAAAAGCAUGUCUUACAAAAAAGUAUUUGACCUCCUCCGGAAAACAGUCCCAUACAAGGAGGAAGAAGCGUCUGAGAUAACUGAUGUGUGGGAGCUUCGUCUGGAAGAUCGUUAUCGGCUUUACAAGUACUGGGUGCAUAAGAAAAUGGGAGUUUCUGCUAGCAUGAUUCAUACGCUUACAGAGGAAUACAAUAAACUUCUAAAGAAAAAGAAACGAAUCAGAUUUUUAAAGACAGUUGAGAUUUUAAAACGGGCCCAAGUCGUGGGAAUGACGACCACCGCUGCUGCCAGGUGGAGGGAGGUUCUGAAAGCAGUGGCGUGUCCGAUUGUUGUGGUGGAGGAGGCAGCAGAGGUACUGGAAGCGCAUGUCGUUACGACCCUCAACCGCAAAUGCCAACAUCUUAUACUCAUAGGUGACCACCAACAGCUGAGGCCCAAUCCGACAGUACACCGACUGGCCAAGGAGUUUCAGCUGGAGAUAUCGUUGUUUGAACGCUUGGUCAACAACAAGGUCAAGCACGUCUUGUUGAAUCAGCAGCACAGAAUGAGGCCUGAAAUAUCCACGUAUAUAAAGCACAUUUAUCCACAGUUACAAGACCACGUGUCAGUCUCAGGGUACGGUGACAUCAGAGGCGUUGCUUCCAACGUAUUUUUCCUGCAGCACAACGAGCAUGAAAACUCUAUCGAUGACACCAGGAGCAAGGCCAACAUUCAUGAGGCGAAAUUCAUCACAGCGUUGUGCAAAUACUUUCUACAGCAGGGCUACAAUGGACAUGACAUCACUGUCCUCGCUGCUUACAGCGGCCAGGUUGCGCUUAUCAAGAAAGUAAUGGGGAAGAAGGAGAAAACCAAGGAAGAGAACAGAGAAGUCACUGUCAAACCUGGGAAUGAAUACGAAGACGUAGAUUACGCAACUGAAGGCGAUAAAGAGGAGUCCGAAACAGAGCCGCCAGGCCCUUAUGAUGACGUCAGAGUGACCACCGUGGAUAAUUUCCAGGGAGAGGAAAAUGAAAUUGUCUUACUUUCUCUGGUCAGAAGCAAUGCUGAAGGUGCAGUCGGGUUUCUAAGCAUCAACAACAGAGUGUGUGUAGCAAUGUCCAGGGCGAAAUGUGGACUUUUUGUCAUCGGGAAUAUGGAUCAACUGGCACUGAAGAGCAAGUUGUGGGAGAAGAUUUUGAAAAGCGCUAAACUUAAAAAAGGCGUUGUGGGCGAUUUCAUGAGAUUACGAUGUGGAAAUCACACCGAUCAUGAAUCCCGCGUGGUCGACGCAGAAGAUUUUGACAAGUGUGUCCCUGAUGGGGGCUGCCACAGACCGUGUACAAAGCGUCUGAAAUGCGGCCAUCAAUGCCCAAAAAGGUGCCACGUUACAGAUGAAGAACACGAGGAUGUUAUUUGCAAAGAGAUGUGCAUGAAAUCAUGUCCACAGGGUCAUCCUUGCGAAAAGCCUUGCGCCGAAUAUUGUGGAAAUUGUGAGGUUUUGGUAAACAAAAGAAUUCCUUAUUGCGAUCACUGGGAUAAAGUUCAAUGUUACGUGGACGUCGAUUCUGCUGUAUGUAAACAGACAUGUGGACAACUGAUGGUAUGUGGACAUAAAUGUCGAGGAGGAUGUGGACAUUGCCAUUUCGAAGGGGAACAUGCACCAUGCCAAGAAAUGGUUGAAAAAACGUGGAGCUCCUGUGGCCACACGAGCAGUGGGCAGUGCUACAUCGACACACGGGUAGCACCAUGCCCAAUAAAAUGCAGUACGGCCCUAAAGUGUGGGCACAAGUGUCAAGGCACGUGUGGGGAAUGCCUCUCUGGGCGCGUUCACGUCCCCUGUGCCAAAAAAUGUGAAAAGCCCCUUCCGUGCGGUCAUCCGUGUCCGGGCCCGUGUCAGAUGAUGUGCGUUCCUUGUACUCAGAACUGCCCUUGGUUUUGCAGACAUCAGCUGGUCAUAACGCCAUGCAAUAAGAAAUGUGGAGAACUUUGCGAUAUAUGUCCUGAAAACUGCGGACUGACAUGCAAGCAUAAGAAAUGCAAAAAGAGAUGCAUCGAUGAAUGCAGUGAACCAGAAUGCGAUAGAAAAUGCAUAGGGCCAGUACCCAAGUGCGGUCAUCAAUGCGCCUCGCUUUGCGGGGAACUUUGUGUGUGUUAUAGUUGCGAGAGGCCAAAAUUUUCACUCAUCGAUUUCAACAAGAAAAGAAGGCCGACUCACCUUGCAGCGCACGAGCAACGCGAGCGUGAUAAAAAGUUUGAGUUGACCCAAGAUGACAUCUUAAUGAAGAUUCCACGGUGUCACCAUCUAUUUACCCUUAAGCAGCUGGACCGAUACGUUGAUGGUCAAAUAUCGAGUGGGACAAGUUUCCUCCCUUGCCCCGAAUGUUCACUUUCGAUUCACGGCAUCGCCAGGUAUGAAAAUAAAAUGAAACAAAGAAACGAGAGAAGAGAGCGCGUGAAAGAAGCCAUCAUCGAGUCGACUCGGGUCCCUGUUGAUAAAAUAUCCACGCUCACAAAAUCUCUUGCCAUUGUUGGUAAGUUUCGCAUCAGUGACAGGGGCGUCAAUCUAUUGAAAACUCCCGAAAAUAUGGACGCCAACGUCGCUAAAUCCAUCACCAUGCAGAUCAGGUUCGCGCGCGCGAUCUCGGAGGUAUGCGGCCUCCACCAAAAACACAACAACAAGCAGUCCUUUCUGGAGAUGAAGUGGAAGAGGCACAUGGAGUCAUGUUCCUUAGCGGUCACGCCGCAAUUCCUAGAAGAGAUGCCACUGGAACUUCACCGACUGUUGCUCAUAGAGCAGGCGUGCGCAGUGAAAAAUAUCGUGACCGCAAACGAGGGAGCGGAAUUGAGAGACGACCAAUCACUGAAGCCCAUUGGGGAAUAUCGGGAAAAGAAGCUGGAAAGCCGAGCCAGGCUCAGGGAACUCCAAUCAGUACUAGACUCCAUCUACCAAACCUUCGACCAGCUUCAGCUGGACAGUGAGACGUCACGCCAGAUUACGGAUUUGCGAAAACAAGUGGCUAUGGUUGGAGCCAUCCUCGAUGAGCCCGAAGACAAGGUAAGAAUAGUUCUUUGAGUUACAGUAUAACGAUGUCUUGUAACGCUUUGGUUGCAGAACGUUUUAUUAUUUUGGAACGUUUCCUUGUUAAUGAGAGUAGUGUCCUAUAAUAGUGAAAGAGCCAGUAGGUAAAUCUAAUGACGUGGAUCUUAAUUAGGUUCCUAUCUUUUAGUUUAGAAAAUAUCUUCCCUUAAAAGGCAUGAACGCAAAAUAAAAAAAAAUUAAUAAAUUAAAAAAGAAAAACUAUUUUAUUUGUUUUCUUCAAAUAGGAUCUAUGCGAAAUAAUACCAGCAGAUGAUACAGAAGAUGAGACAGAAGAUGAGACAGAAGAUGGAACAUGGACUGAUACAGAAGAUGGGACAGAAGAUGGAACAGGAGCUGAGACAGAAGAUGAGACAGAGAUGAGUCAGAAAAGAUGAGACAGAUGAUAAGACACUUCAUGGGCCCAUACAGUCGACUAGACGACAGCAUAAUUCUGGGCCAUACACAAGAGCUGACCCCACAAUCCAUGACAGUCUGAUGAACACUGUGUCGUGCAGCGAUGUUUGACAUGCUCAUUCAUCCAUCAGAUUUGACCCGCUCAUUCAUCAAUCACAUUAUUGUACUUCACAACCAUGACAGUUAACAUAAGUUAUCAAGGGGGAAAUUUUUAAUGUUUUUUAAAAUAAUUUUCUAAAAUUUCUAGGUCGUUGCUGGUCUAAUAAGAUAGAUUAGACCUCCUGAAAAGAAAACUCCAGUAUUUGUGAUAAUAUUUGUACAUAUUUGUUGUUAAUAUUAACGCACGGAUUUCAUGUUUAGUUUUAGAAGUUUUCAGUGAUGUUCCGUCGCCAGGUUUAUAAUGCAAAUUAUAACACAUUGCCAUUUAAAUGUUAAUUACUUCGAUAGACAUAUAUAAUUCGUAUAAUAUAUAUAUAUAUACUAUAUAACACUUAGCACAAGUAUAUGGAUUAAUGUUCAAGAUCGUUGCUCUUUUAUUGUACUGAUGUGCGCGAAUCACGUAUAUUACACUCAUAUUACAUGUUAGGGUCGCGUCUAACUUUGACAAUAAUUACACAAUGAUAUCACUAUGUGGAUAAAUGAUUACAUUACUUGAAUAUAAAAAUAAUUACCACAUGUUACAUUAUGUUCUUCAGUUUAGUAAUAUGUUUAAAAAAAAAUUACAAUAAAACGGUCGGCGUGUGGUCUCAUCCGACGCACAUAUAUCUUUCACGUAUUUUCUCGACAAGCGUUAUGUAGACUGUGGUUGUAAGUUUUCUUAAAUACUAUAUCGUUUAUAUACAUAUAUUUUAAAAUUAUUAUUACAAAACAUUACGUUUUAAUAACUUAAUACUCUUUACUUUUAUCUGAAAAUUGUAUGCUCAAUUCUUGAUUUGUAAAAUUUCUACUAGUAGAUUAGAGCAGUGCAGUCGUGUCAUUGUAAUGGUGUUACUGACAGAGAAAUUCAACGUUUCUAAAAAACUUAUUACGACUUAUGGAGUUGUGACUGGAAUGCCAUUACACGGGCACUUAAUGUCUUUAAGAAAUUAUUCUUGCUUUUGUGUUGCCAUUUUGUAGGUCGACCAGCUAUGUUAUGAAAAUGUAAAAAGAAACAAUUGUCAACACGAUAUCGUCUAGCCCCAUUUUUAAAUUUAAUUAAAAAUUAUUCUUUCAAUUUUUA